UUUUUUUUUUUUUUUUUUUACUUCUAGUAGAAGUGCGGAUGUGAGUUGCAUAUUGAUACGGAACAGGCCGCCAGUUUUUUGUUGUUUUUUUGUAGCAAUGCGUGCUUAGGCAAUGAUCAUUUUGUGGAGCUAUGAAUCCAGAGGAGCAGACUGUAACGUGGUUAAUAUCACUAGGAGUGCUCAGCUCGCCUAAAAAGAACAUAGCGGACCCGGAGGAGUUUUUGAAAACAUCGUUGAAGGAUGGGGUCGUCCUGUGCAAACUCACGGAGCGGCUCAUACCUGGUUUCACUCCCAAGUAUUCCCAGGAUCCGAGAACUGAAGCCGACUGUAUUACCAACAUCAGGGAGUUUUUAAGAGGAUGCUCGUCCUUGAAAGUGGAGGGGUUUGAACCAGAGUGGUUAUACACUGGCGAGAAUUUUGGCAAGGUUCUGACCACUUUGCUAGCAGUCAACUUUGCCACACAAGACUGUGCUACUGAAAGGUCAUGUUCACAGACCGGUGGCCACUCUCCUAGUCAGACGACAUCUUCACACACACUCUCCUCUGUCAAAUCCAAAGGCUCUCUGCGUAGACAAUCCAAAUCAGUGGAGAUGUCUGAGAAUGGUGGAGGUGGUCAGGUGAUGGUGAAGGCCCGAUUCAACUUCAAGCAGAACAAUGAGGAUGAGCUGUCAUUCAAUAAAGGUGACUUGAUCCAUGUGCUGCGACAGGAAGAGGGAGGAUGGUGGGAGGGCACACUCAACGGCAAGACGGGCUGGUUCCCCAGCAACUACGUCCGAGAGAUCAAACCCUGCGAGAAGCCAUUGUCUCCUAAAGGAACUCCGCUGACCAAGAACUACUAUAGUGUGGUGGUACAGGACAUCUUGGAACAUGAGCGGGAAUUUGUCAAAGAAUUACAAACCGUGCUGAGUUGUUAUCUACGACCUCUGCAAGCCAGCGACAAGCUGAGCAGUGCAGACAGCGCCACCCUGUGUGGAAAUCUGGAGGAGAUACUCACCUUCCAGCAGGCACUAUGUGUGGCUUUGGAGGACUGUACCAAAGUCCCAGAGGGCCAGCAGCGAGUGGCGGGCUGCUAUUUAAACCUGAUGUUUCAGAUCAAGACUCUGUACCUGGCUUACUGUUCCAGCCAUCCUUCAGCCGUAUCCAUCCUCACUGACCACAGUGAGGAACUAGACAAGUUCAUGGAGAGCCAGGGAGCCAGUGCUCCAGGGAUCCUGACCCUGACCACCAGUCUCAGUAAGCCCUUCAUGAGGCUCGACAAAUACCCUACGCUGCUGCAGGAGCUAGAGAGACAUGUGGAGGAAGCCCACCCAGACUAUGCUGACAUUGUAAAAGCGACAGCAGCAUUUAGGAGCCUAGUGACACAGUGCCAGGAACUGCGGAAGCGCAAGAACCUGGAGCUCCAGAUUUUGUCAGAACCAGUGCGGGGCUGGGAUGGAGACAGCAUGAAGAGCCUGGGUCAUGUGGCUUACAUGUCCCAGGUCCAUGUGAAAAAUGGGUCCAGUGAGGAAAAAGAGGAGCGCUAUCUAAUGCUUUUCCCUAAUGUGUUAGUCAUGCUCUCCGCCAGUCCCCGGAUGAGUGGCUUUAUUUAUCAGGGAAGACUGCCACUGACAGGCACCACAGUAACAAGACAUGCAGAGGAUGCAGACAAUGCCCACUAUGCCUUGGACAUCACAGGAAGCAUGAUCGAUCGGAUAACAGUGUUCUGCAGUAGUGCCCAGGAGUUACAAGACUGGCUAGAGCACCUUCAGCCCUUUACCAAAGGAGGAAGCCCCACAGGCACCAUCUCAAAGACUGUAGAAGGCAAGCCACAGAGCAUGGUUGGCCCCCCCACUCACCUGUCCCACCUCGGCAGCCUCAGCGCCGUCAGUCGUGGCCCCCUGGAACCGCCAAAGAUCAGCAAGCCCUGGUCUCUGAGCUGUCUGCGCCCCGCGCCUCCCCUCAAACCCUCUGCUGCACUGGGAUACAAAGAGAGGAUGUCUUAUAUCAUGAAGGACUCCAGCAAAAGCCCACGGCCCAUGAAGAAGUUCCUGCCAGGCAAUAGGAAAAAAGAGCGAAAGCCCUCUGAUGACGAGGUUCAAACGAGGAAAAGCACGGUUGCGCUGGAGGAGGACGCUCAGAUACUGAGGGUGAUUGAGGCGUACUGCACAGGAGCCAGCCUGCACCAGAACACCACAGGUGUGCGUUUAUCGGUGCGGAAAGAGUGCAUCCCUCAGGUGCUUCUGCCAGAGGAAGAGAAGAUCAUUGUGGAGGAGAUGAAGAGCAACGGGCAGACCGUUAUUGAGGAAAAGAGCCUUGUUGAUGCUGUGUAUGCUUUAAAGGAUGAGGUUCAUGAACUAAAAAAGGAGAAUAAGUGGAUGAAGCAGUUUUUGGAGGAGGAGCAGAAGUCUCGCAAAGAUCUGGAGAGAGUGGUUCGAAAACUGGCCAAGCAGAAGAAUGAUUCUGCUUGGGAUGACGGCGGCCACUGAGCACAUCCUUAAGAUCAUCCUCAUGCUAGUGUGGCUGUGUGUGUGUAUGGGUACAUUUAUGUAAGCGUGCUUGUGGAGGGUCAGGUGUGUGUGCGUGUGUCUGUCUAUGUUGCGUCUUCAUAUUUCAAUCACACACAGCAGAGUUGGACUUUCUGACGAUGCUUGGAGUUUCUUCACUUCAAGUGCUGGAGCUUCAUUUGACAUUUUUGAUUAAAUCUUAUCUGUCUUCCUGAUCCAACCUCACUAGAUGAGACCACACAUAUAGCUUCCUCGUGAAGCAGCUCAGCUAAACCAAGACUGGUAAAGUGGGAUGUUUCAAACAUACUGCCUCUUGGCGACUGGCACUGUGAACACUCCCCCAGGAAAUGGAACAAUUAUGGACAAAAACAAGUUCUCCGCUGCUUUUUUUUGCUUCAGUUGGAAAUAGAAAAGGAGUACGAAGCCAUCAAGUCCGAUAGGUGUUCUCUUGCAUGCACUUCUCUUACCAAGGGGACACAUUUUUUUUCUCCUCACGUAAUUUUUUUUUUUCACUUUCAUAUUUUAUUUGUCAAAAGGACAAUGGGGAAAUGGAUUCAUUGUGCUUUCAUGAGCAUGAGCGAUUGGCAUUUUUGUACCAUUCUAGACAUUCACAUUUUCCAAGCCGUUUUGUAGGCGUUUAAGCAAUUCAAACAGGUUAGCUCAUUAUGCUACAUUCAGUUGUUUCCAAAUGCAGCCCUUGACUGUUUAUUUAAAAACUGCAUGAAUGUACAGUGUUUUUACAGUAUGAAUUCUGCAUCAGAAAUGUGAUAAUCAAGAUAUUCAGAUAUAUAGUCCAAAGCUAUCAGGGAUGCAGCUGCAUAAUAGAAUAGGAAAGGCUUAACUACGUAUCAUUUAUAGACAAGAGUACGCAAAUAAUGACAAAGAUGUCACCCCUACACUUCUUACUAAAAUAUAUACAAGUGUAAUUUUAACACAUUAAUUACAUAGCCUUGAUUUAUUCUGAUUUUUUUCAAAGAGUAUUCCUUAUUUAUUGUUCACCCAAGCAUUUAAUUGUGGUGUUAGCCUUAUAGUUAUUGUUUUGCUGCCUUUACAUUUGUCUGGAAUUUUAUUAAACUACAUUGAUGUGUAAAGGCAAAACAAAACAUCCUUGUUUUGGCCAAGGGAAAAUAGACAUUUUUUCAUCACAAAAGAGGGAAAAUGAUUUUAAAAAUGAGUCUGACUUUAGAAUUCAGAGGUUUUUGUUUGCAGCCUCUGUGGCCUCCUAACCGGGUCCUCCAGAGCUGAUGGAGACAGGAAAUAAAACAAAAGAUUUAUUUGUGGGUGUAGAGUAGAGCUCAACUGUUAAAGUGCCUCCCGAAAGGUGUCGAUAAACUUAAAGAGUUUAAGACUGGGACUAAAUGCAUGAUUUAUAUUGAAAGUGUCACAGGUGGUUUGUUGUAAUAUUUCAAUUAGAAUGGCUCAAGCUUAAUUGGUGUAUAUAUAGGGUCUAAAAAAACAACAGGUAUUUGCAUGCUUGAAGAUGCAGCCUCUUUACAAAGACCCACAGCGGUACAUUUCCUCAUGAGGUUGAGUGUGUGCACUGUCAACACUGUUAUCUACUUGCUGCGCUGAAGAGCAGCAGUGGAUGCUAUUGAAAUGCAAUAAGUGACUGCUUUACUGCCUGGCCUCUGGGUUAGUCCCAGUAUUGAAGGUCAGAUGUUGAGAAAUUGCAAUAAUAAUAAUAUAUGAAUUCACCCAAUUUGUUAACCAAAAAGGGCCAGACCAUGUGGUUAAUCCACCACACAGUUAGGCUAUUCAUUAUUUUCCAUUUGCCUUUAUUUAAUCUAGUCUCUUGAUAUUGAUGAUUGUUCAAAGAUCACUGUCUAGGUCCCAAUUUUCAUCACACGUGAUCCAAAAUAUAAUAAUAUUGUACAAUCCCUCAAGUGCUGUUUUUGUGCCUCUUUCCAGGGGGGUCAGAGUACUGUGUAAGUUGCAAAGCAGCAAUGGUACAUCUGCAGCAGAGAUGUGUCUUGCUCAAGGGCACUUCAGCAACACAAGAAGCUGAUCUUUGGUUGUUAUUCCUAAUGGGACGUUUAGUUGGCAGCCAGAUUCCCCUCAGUGUUACAGAGACUCUGCUUCCUGUACAGAUGUCUGACUCUCAUAAUGUUCACUGUUGAGAUUAACAUAUUGCUGUUCCUGUACCCUAAAUUGUUUUAAUUAAGUACCACAUACUGUUGUUUUCAAUUCCCAAUAUCCUCAGCAAGCACUUAAUGGUGGGAGGGGGUUGAACUCAGUCUUCAUUAUGUUUAUCUCCAGCCCACUGUGUGUAUUGUUUUUGAAAGGUUGUUCUAUGCAAUUAUUGUUGUUGCAAGUAUUGUUAUGCUUUUUUUUCUUUUUCUAGACACUCUGUACUCUGCGUUUGGUAUGGUCAUUCUUUUAUUAAAAGUUUAAUAUAAUGUGAA